AUAAAACACAGUCUCAAGGAGCGGAGUACAUCGUGACUGAUCUAUGGACAAUAGGCAAGAGAUGGCUGAAAACAGGGAAGAAGAGCUUUUCAAACAGACUCAGAAGGAGAUUUUCAUGCGCAUCCUUCCGGUUGUUGUUGUUGCCUCGGUCCUUAUAGCAAUCGGUGUAGUUGGGAAUAGCUUGACGGUAGCUUUCUAUGCUAAGAAAACAAAACGAACGGUGCCUGUUGUCCUGAUAAAAUGUCUGGCCUCAGCAGAUCUGGCGACCAGUGCAGUGGCAAUUCCAUUCAUUCCAGAAAUGAUAAUAAAUAUUGGAUACACGGAACUGAUUCUUUGCAAGCUGACACAUUUUAUGGGAAUGUGGGUAAGUUCAUCUUCCUGUCUCUUCCUGUGGGUUAUCUCCCUGGAUAGAUACAGGAAGAUAUGCACACCGCUAGGCAGACAGAUCACAAUUUCCACCAUCAAGUACAUAGCAGUUGCGGUCAUCAUAUUUUCGUUCUUUCUGGGAGUACGACUUUUGGCCACAUAUGACAUUUUUGAGGUGAAUGUCACUCUUUCUAACGUGAACGAGACGAUUACGACUUAUUACUGUUCUUCGAGUGAUGAAGGCAUUUUCAAACAGAUUGGUCUCGUGUUUUACCUCGUUGAUUUCCUCCUCAAUAUGAUGAUCCUGGUUACCAUAGUUGUAACAUACUCGCGAAUUAUAUAUGAACUGAAUAAGCGUAGGAAAUCAAUGGACCGUUCAGAAACAGUUAAUGUAUCUGGCUCCAGUGUAAAAACUAGGGCGUCAAGAGAAAACUCUUGCAAUGAAAGCAUUCCCAGUACAGGAAGCAAGGAAACAUUGAGAGAAACCAUAGGUAAUGAUACUGAUAGUGUGCAAAGUCGUGCUGUCGAUAAUAGAACAAACAAAACUGAAAUAUCGACAAUAACUGAAACUCUAGUUAGAACGUCAAAGCGCCAGAACGGAACGGCAAGCAUGAAGGGACCAAGGAAAAAUUUUGAAUUUUCAACUGCCAAGAGACCUUCCGAGUGGAAUCUUACAAUGAUGAUGUUUGCAGUCUCCGUUCUAUUUGUUCUUUGUUUCACACCAUACUUCGUCUUACGCAUUCUUAUAAGACUUGUUUUUAGCACAGAUAAAGAGUAUGAUUUUGGCCCUGGAAUCCAGUUUGCUUUGAUGUUGCCUUUCUUCAAUAGUGUCUUCAAUCCGAUAAUUUACAGCAUCUUCAAUCCAAAAUUCAGGCGUUACAUCUUCACAUGCUUUAAGUGCAAUCGUGGUUAAAGUACUGCAAAGAAAUGUAAUAAAACGUAUGAAAAUGAGAGCAAAUCGAAUUCUCGCGGCGAAAUUAGUUAAUCUGUUUUGUUUCUUCAUUUACUAGUAUAUGCACAAGGAUUCGACGCACUUUAAUGCAUCGGAAUAUAUUGCAUUGUUUUAUUCAUGUAGGAAUUUAGAGUUAUCAAUGUAUAAUGGUUCGUUUUAUAGGGUGCACGAAUUACAGAGAUAACCAUGUGUAAGUUCAAGAGACCAAAAUGUGAAACAAAAUGUUUAGGGCAAGUGAGAUACAUGCAUACAAUAAAAAUGCAAACGUUUUCUGAUACACACAUUUUCAUGUAGUUAAGGGUUUAUGGGGCUAAAAGAUUUCUUAAGUGCAACUCGCUUAAUCUACUAGGGGAAAAAGAUUGUUCAUUAAAUUACAGGCUGUCACUGAUUUUACACUUUGUAGUAAGGUUACAAGUAAACUUAACCAAAUUCUAAUUUUAAAUAAAAAAGCUCAACAAUUGGAAUAACAGUUUUUAGUUGGGUUUAACAUCGCUUAGACACAACUGUAGGUCAUAUGUCGACUUACAAUUUUGUUCAAGCUCGAAUACGAGAGCGUACCAAUCCUGUUUUCAAUGGCUUUUUCAAUAUUUUAGCGAAACAGUACAGAUUUGUAGAUAUUGUCCAUGGGAUGAAGUAUUUAUUCUUACUCCUGUUCAUUCAUCAAAUAUUUAUGUUAAUUAUCUAUGAAAAACAUGGAACACGUUAUUUUUGUAAGUAUUUGUCAUCUUUUUUUUCACAGAUCAUGUCGGAAUGUAAAUAUUGUAACGGAAGUAAUGUAUCCCUUUGCCUCUUAACCUUUUGCCUGCUAAAUUUCUACAAUGGACUGGUCCAUCCUUCAGUUUGAACAAUACCAUUUACUAUUCGAAGGGGUGUUUAUUAAAAUUUAUUGACAAUAACGAACAGUGCAGACCAUGUUCAGCCUGCACGGUCGCAAAGGCAGAAUGACUUGCCGCCUGCAGGCUAAAGGUUAAAGAACCUACAGACAGUCUUAAUUCUUUGUUAAGAGUUGCCUUUAUAAUGCAAAAUUUUAUUCUUAAAUGUUGUCGAAAUGUUGUUUUUUGUUAUCGUGUAGUAGAUGUGAUAUAAAAAAAUGAUCUAGGAUAUUUAACACUUUUCUUAGAUUUGUUUUAUUGCCUAAAACUGUCAAAUGUACUAAUUUCUUGAUUAUACCUCACGUAAAUGGCCAGUGCAAAUUUCCUAUUAGUUUAUUCCCCAGUGAUUUAAUAAUCUCAUGCACAAAAUCGUUAUUUUGGAUUUCUGCGCACGGCCUACGGCCUUGGGGCUAUACGACAACCCUUGGACAAAUAACAAGGCCUGUAUGACAUUGCUUGAUUAAUAACAUUAUAGUAUUCUGAUUUGCAAAAAUACUAAUUGUUAGUGUAACUUUUUUAUUACUCCACUGGGAAAAACUAGCUAAGUUAUUGUAUUCUGA